CACGGCCCGGAUAUUGAUUAAGGGAUCAGAGUUUCUGAAUGAGAACAGCCUGUGUAAUUCCUGAAGUUUGCUUUCUUUUCCACCUCGGGGGUAAAAGCUGGAGGCCACUUGAGAGCUGAAUGGCCUUGAAAAACCUCUCCCGGCCUCUCUCUGCAGUCCAUUCAGGUCCUGGGACUGGAAAGACCUUUGGAGGCCCAGAGACCAGCAGGCCCCUCGUGGAUCUGUGCCGGAGAACGGAGCGAAAAUGGAUGCAGCCCAGCCAGCGUGCAAGGGAGUGGGAACAGGCCCUGCCGCUGCUCAGCCUGGGAGCGGUGGGGAGGGCUGGGCAGGACGUGGGCAGAGGAUCCGGGAGGAGGAAGCCCUCAGUUCCGAGAUGCAGCAUUGGCACUUCAGGAAUAGUCCCCUUCAGGAGGCCGAGGGGCCGCGCGAGCUCUGCAGCCGCCUCCACCGCCUUUGCUGGGGGUGGUUGCAGCCAGAGAAACACACCAAGGCUCAGAUGUUAGACCGGGUGAUCUUGGAGCAGUUCCUGGCCGUCCUGCCCAGGGAGAUGGAGCGCUGGGUGCGGGAGUGCCGAGCGGAGACCAGCUCCCAGGCGGUGGCCCUGGCGGAAGGCUUCCUCCUGAGCCGGGCGGCGGAGAAGGAGCAGGAAGGACGCCAGGUUCCGUGGCCCUUCCUGGAGGUGGGCACUAAUUGUCCUGAGGAAAGGGUGGAUCCUGCAAAUCCCUCUCAGGAGCUGUGUUUCCGAGGGAUCUCCAAGGAGGAAGGUCAAGGUCAGGACGCCUCACUAGGGAACAAAAUGGAGUCACCAUUAUUCAUUGGAUCAUCUCCUUGUACUGGUGGCGCUGAAAGAGCAGCUGGACCUCCAGCUCAGGGAUCCUUCCUCAUUCAGGGUCCUGUGUCCUUUGAGGAGGUGGCCGUCCAUUUCACCAGUGAAGAGUGGUCGCUGAUGGAUCCCAGCCAAAAAGCCCUGCACCGGGAAGUCAUGUUGGAGACGUCUAGGAGCAUGGCCUCUUUAGGUGAGGGUCUCUCUGGGGGAAGAUUAAGUCAGAGUGAGGAGUCACUGGAUGGUUUUCUGCUAUUUACAGUUUAGGAGAUCUGUGCAGAUCUUGUUAACAUGAUUUCAUCUCUUUUCUCUUUCCCUCUUACAUUAAUUCCAGUCCAUGUCUUCUAAGUACCACAGUUUCUUUUAGAAGAAAGAGAUCAGUCUGGUGACCAGUCAGUCUGGAAAGGGUUGACGUGCAGUCUUGGGAUCCUCUUUGGGGCCUGUGUGAAUACUGCAGAGCUACUGGGAAGAUAAUUGGGGAGGGGAUGUUUUUGCUUAUUUCACUUGUCCUAAUCAUCACCAUAUGUUGUCUUACAGUGAUAUUGCAGUGAAUUGUAUGUUGUGGCAUGGAAUGCAAUUUAGGUGCAUUAUCUGACCCAAGUGCGUGUGCCGUAUCAUGAAGCUAAGACCUGGGCAGCAGGACAUUGCAUUGGUUGUUGUUAUUUUCAUUGGUGUGAUGUUCUUUUUUUAAUCGGUGUUAACUGCCAGGAAUUACAUGAGAUGAAUAGCCAUACCAGUCUUUAAGAUUAAUAAAUAAUAUUCUGUCAUUUCCUCUAUUGGUCCCGCUGCAGAUGCCCAGGAAUAGAAACAGGCUAGGGACUGGCAUGGGGACAGCAAACUGUAUGUUGGUAGUGUUUGCUGCACUAGAAGUGUUGAAAGUGGUACUGCAAAUCAUGAGGCUUGAUCCCUGGUAACAUCC